AAUAUUUCGUCACCUUUGGCCAGCAACCAGCUUGCGGCCGAAAUUUCUGGGCGGUAGGGCUCACCAUUAUUGAAUACUUGAAUGCGAAAGCUCCUGCUUUGUACGAAAACUUUAUCAACACAAGCAACACGGUCACCAUCAAGUCUCGUUUUUCCUCCUCUUCUUCCUUGAAUACGCUCUCAACGCCAUCGAAUAUUGAUUUGAACAGCCUUACUGAUGACACAGCGAUGGCGGCUUCACCUACCGUGAGUGCCACAUGCGCACAAGAAUCCCCAAAACUACUGUUCGAGAUCAGCGAGGAAGCAGCGGCAUGGGACGGGGGUCGGGACUCGUUCCAGAUCAUCAACUCUAUGUUUGCUCCGGUCGGAGCAAGUUCUCCUGCAUAUGUCGCCCAUCAGAUGAUGCUCCUCUUCAUCAAGAUUGGAAGAGAGGUCGCAGAGGGACACAGACCGUGGUCGAAGCCAAAGUUUCAUGAUUUUUACAUGCAGUGGCUCUGGAACCUCAUUCUCUACAUUGCUACCAAGCUACCAAGCAACGGCACAGAGCAGGAGCGAUUGGCACAUCUUGUACUUGAAUUUGGGAAAUAUUUCCAUCAAGUUCCCGAAAGAGUGCCAGAGAAGUACAAACGUCCGCCACUUUCCUUCAUGAGGAAUCGUUUAGGUCGUCUUAUUGAUCAAGAGCGAAUCCCUGUUUUCGAUGAUCAUUUAUACCAGGAGCAAUGGGACAUGAUCAGAUUCGAUUGGUCCGAGUUCCGCACCACUACUCAAUCUGCCUAUGAAAUUCUCAGACGACUCGACGAUGCGUCGGUCAAUACUACCAAUCUUCACGGAUUUCUCGCUAGACUCACACGAGAUGGUUCGCACAAUUUUUCCCGUGUUGCCAUCUUUCCACUCCGCCUAGUGCUAGAGUCUCAGAGUCAUCCCGGAGAUCGCCUUUUCUAUCACCCGGUCGCUCUCGCAAGAAACCUUCCACACGAACGAGUCCCUGAAGCUCGAACUUACCCAGCCUUUCCAUUCCAAGCAGAGACAACUGCAACAAGCCAGGCACCGGCAGACCACACCUUGAUCAUGGCAGAAGGGCACUUCAAGAUGGCUGUGUGCUGGAUCCAGAUUGCGGGGAAAGAGCUACUCUACAGACAAUGGUCCUGGAACUCAGUUCACGGUGAUCCGGUUCUUUGUCCUGGCCUAGCCUUCAAAAAGCAGCACAAUGCAACUUUUCUCGACCGGUGGCAAUUCUGGACUAAACGCUUUGGAGAAAUUGCUAGAUCUCAUUAUGCUAAUCACCAGAUACAGCAGAUGGCAUCUGAUUGCACCGAUCGAAUGUCUAAUGUAUCCGUCAUGGCAUUGUUGGGCCCCCAGCGACAGAUGAACAAGAUGCAAGAUCAAGCUAGAGACCAACAUUCAACCACCAAGAACAAGUACACAUUUGAGAAGCAUUUGGAAGAUAUCAGAAGAGAACAAUGGAACUUACGACAAGUGCGAGACGAUGCCAGUCCUCAGCAUAGUAUCGAAGUGCAAACGAGUCAUGCUUCAUUAGUUCCUGCAUCAGGGAGAAAGGAUCCCUUGAAGCAAAAUGCAGAGAUCCAUCGACACAGCGGCGUCCCGAUUGAUAAAGACGCUGCUGCCCGAACGAGUAGAGGUUCAUCAUCUCCUUCAUUGGCACGGAAAGACUCAACGAAUCUACCGUUCUUCGAUAAGGAUCAAUCCUUUGCAGGUCUCCCCCUCUCGGCCAAAUCGAAAGGUUCGUCGGCUCCUCUCAGAACCAAGCGUUGACGAAUGGAAACGCCUGCGAAGAACAACUGCAAGACGGAGAAUUACUUCGCCGCGAACUCUUCCUUUCGAGUAGAUCUCUCCUCCAAUCUAGAUCUCUUGACGGGCUUCUAGAGAGUAGAAAGUGACAAGAUUUAGAUUGGCGAUGCUUAAAUUAAAAGCUUCCUGACGGCACAGAAAGAAAAGCAUGAAGGACAUUUCAGGUAACAAGGCAUCAU